AUGGGCGGGUGUGUGGGCUCCCACCACGACUCCUCGGGCAGCCUCAACGAGAACUCGGACGGCACCGGAGUUGCUCUCGGUCGUAAUCAGCCCUUGAAAAAAGAGAAACCGAAAUGGAAAAGUGAUUACCCCAUGACAGACGGACAGUUGCGCAGUAAGAGAGACGAGUUUUGGGACACGGCACCAGCUUUCGAAGGUCGCAAGGAGAUUUGGGAUGCCCUCAAGGCUGCUGCGCAUGCUUUCGAGAGCAAUGAUCAUGAACUGGCACAAGCAAUCAUUGAUGGUGCAAACAUAACACUACCACAUGGUGCUCUUACAGAGUGUUACGAUGAACUGGGCAACCGGUACCAGCUUCCCGUCUACUGCCUCGCCCCACCUAUCAACAUGAUAGAGGAGAAGGGUGACCUGGAGACUCUGGAUAUUCCUGAUCCCCCACCCAAUUCAGGGCAUGAAUGCCAGCUUCGUUUGCGCCUGUCCACAGGCAAAGACCUCAAACUCAUGGUCCGCAGCAUGGACACGGUGUACCACAUGAAGAGGCGGCUGCACGCAGUGGAGGGAGUGGAGCCAGGCAGCCAGCGCUGGUUCUUCUCGGGCAGGCCGCUGGCAGACAAAAUGAAACUGGAGGAGCUGAAAAUCCCAAAGGACUACGUGGUGCAAGUCAUCGUGAGCCAGCCCUUAGCAAAUCCCACCCCGGUGGAAAACUGAUUUCUGCUUGUUUAUUGAUUCUUCUUUCCUCCGUCUCUGUCAUGGGGUUUGUUUUCACUGCCCUCUCUUCUU